GUGGUUAGUGAGAUAUGCCCGUGGCACGCUCAGUGUCGGCUUCCCAGCUGGCGAGAGAGGGAUCAGCGACAAGUCCUGGAACACCUGACGGCGAAGAAGGCCCUGCCGCCCUCCUCACGCAGAAAGCUCACACCCUUGACAGCUCAGACACCAGCUGUAUUUGGAAGGAAAAGAACGUUGACUGUUUGGUGAUCUGAUAUCUGGGAAUUGAUUCAGAAAAAGCUGGUCAUCAUCAGGACUGUCUGUUGUAUGGUGUUUUGAAGCAAGUUCACUUCUUGGCAACAGAGAUAUGGGAAUGGGGAGCUUAAGACACUGAUUGAGUACCAUAAUCGUAUGUUAUUUUCUAAACCUUCAACAAUGAAUGGGCAUGCAGAGCCUCGAAGGAAGAGAUCAUUCAUGUCAUUCCGCCUUAGCAAGAAGCCUCCCAAGCCCAAGGAUGCUGGAGUUGUUCCGCAGAAGAAUGACGUCAACCAGAAUCCUAGUGGACUAUUAGAAAAUUCAACUGUACAAACCAAUGUGAUCAGUGAAAAUGGUGCUGAGAGCCUUGAUGGUGGCAGUGAUUCUAGCAGUGCCUCUGUGAAACCAAAGAAAAAGUACCUCACCCGCAUGAGUUCUUUUGUGAGUCGAGUAGCAAGCAAAGUACAGGGUGGUCCGAAUGCUGUGCCUGCAACAGGGCAGCAAAGGGGGAAACUUGAACGUAGUAAAACUAUCUCGGUCUCGGACCUACAGACUCAUAAAAUAGAAGACUAUGUAGUCUAUGACGAAGGCAAAGUGCCUGGGGUCAUUGGUAUCCGUAACCAUGGCAACACAUGCUUUAUUAAUGCUGUUGUGCAGUGCCUGAGCCACACAGAUGUUCUUGCUGAGUAUUUUGUUUUGGACCAGUAUAAGCUUGAUCUAGCUAGGUGUAAUAAGAUCAACUCCAAAAAGUUUGGCACGCGUGGUGAGAUUACAGAGCAGCUUGCUGUAUUAUUAAAAGCCUUGUGGACUCUUAGAUAUGUGCCGGACGUGUCCAUGAACUUCAAAAACACUGUUGAUAAAUAUGAGUCAAUAUAUAGGGGAUCACAGCAACAUGAUGCUGCUGAGUUUCUAAUGUUCAUUUUGGAUAAAGUGCAUGAAGAUUUAAACACUGCCUCCAAGAGGAAGUACAAGAAAAUUAAGAAUACUUACGGGCGGCCAGACGAGGUUGUUGCUGCCGAGACACUUGCCAAUCACCUUAGGUGUAAUAGCAGCUUUGUACAUGACAUUUUUCAAGCUCAAUUCCGAUCGUCGUUGAAGUGCCCUCACUGCCAAAAAGAGUCCAAUACGUUUGAUCCCUUUCUGUGCGUCUCAAUCCCCAUUCCACAGAGGGAAGUGCAGUCCAUUUUUGUGACCGUCGUCUACCUCAAUCAACAACCCAAACAGGUCAAGCUUGGUGUUAGCAUAGAGUCUAAUGCUACAGUUCGAGAACUUCGUAAGCAGCUAGCUGAGGAUUGUGGUAUUUCAUCUGAUAGCCUUAUUCUGACAGAAGUAGAUGGGGAAGGAUUCCAUAGAACAUUUGCUGAUGGUGCGGUUGUGAGUGUGAUUAGCGAUAGCGACCCUGUGUAUGCUAUCGAGUUGCCUCCUCACAAACCACCAACACAGGAGAGUGGUGCCUUUAUCUUAAUCACAUGGGUCAAUGUGGUACUUGCGGAUCCUGACAACAUAAGAUUUGGUGGUGUAUAUCAAAGCCAAGUUGUGCGGGAUGUCAGUUACAUAGAUCUGCAAAAAUUGCUGCUCAAAGAAAUGACCACUAUGGUCACAACCGACACACUGACAUCUGAACAGGAGAGUGGCUUAUUCUUGAUUGGCGUUGAUGAUGGAGGGAGUUGUGUGGUUGGGCUGGACCCAGCUUUAGAUGUACCUCUUUUCCAUGAGAGUGUUGAACAAGCUCUAGCCCUAUGUGAACCAAGUGCAGGCCCUCCACAUGUCAAGCUUAUUUUGCAGUGGACUUUAGAAACCAAAGAAAAGUAUAUUGUUGACGAUGUGGAUCAUGUGGAAGAACAUUCAAGUGUGAAGGAAUUAAAGGAAAACCCUCUUCAAGGUGCUACAGUAUCUUUACAUCAGUGUUUACAGCUUCAUACAUCAGCUGAGAAACUAGGAUGUGGAGACGCAUGGCACUGCCCAACUUGUAAUCGCAAGCAGCAGGUAGUGAAAAGGUUAAUGCUGUGGUCUGCACCGCAAAUUCUUGUUUUGCACUUAAAAAGGUUUAGACAGGGAACCCUUCAAACCAAUUCUUCAAAAUUGUCCACAACAGUCAGAUUUCCUUUGCUGGGAUUUGACAUAUCUGAACAUGUGGCUAGUAGAUCUAGCAGCGCCAUUUCCCAGGUUGGAGUUGAUAAUAGCGUCCUUGGAGGAGUGUGGUCUCCAUGGAAAAGACCAAAGCGGUUGAUACCAUAUAAUGAAUAUAAUGUGUAUGAUUUGUAUGGAGUUGUGAAUCAUCAUGGAAAAGACAUGCAAGGUGGACACUAUACAGCCAUGUGUAAAAAUACCGCUGAUAACAAGUGGUACAAUUUUGAUGACAGUAAGGUAGAAGUUACAUCUGAGGAUCAAGUGGUAAACCCUAAUGCCUACAUAUUAUUUUAUCAGAGGAGAAGUGAUGCUAACAUAAUUAGCACUAGCUGCAGUGAGGGAGGUGAGCCUGAACAUUGGGCUUACAGGAUACCAAUAUCUUACCUUCCUGCCAGUCUUGCACUGCAGGCAGAUAAAGAAAAGGCACCUCCACCAUUUGAGAGAGGUCGAUCUUAUGGGACGUUGCCUGUAAAUGUGAGAAGUCCAAGGCAAUCUUCAGCUGAACGGGAGCAUGCUUCAGAUACUGAAGCUCCACUUGCUUCACAUGAGGAAUCGCCAGUAAUGAAGCGGAAAUCAACAAGCACACUGCAUGAAGCUGAAGACUCCCUUGACGAUGAAAAUGAACCAAAGUCUAAUUUGCAAAUUACUACUGUACAAGUGGAGGUUAUACCAUCAUCUCAGGAUGGAGGAAAGAAGAGUGAAUUAAACAUGGAAUGUGACGAUGAUGAUGAUGAUGAGGACGAUGAUGUAACGAAAGAAAACAGUGAGGAACUGGCUGACGAAGUUAAGAUUUCAAGUAAGACCGUUAUGAUUACAAAAUGCCAAGCUACUUCUCCUGUUGCCCUUGAUGAGACAGAUGGAAAUCCAAGUAGCAGUUUGAAAGAGGAGAAAUUAAUGAAUGGCUAUGCAGAGACAAAUGACACCGAACAUAUGACUAAGUCUGAUGACCCUUCUGUGCCUUUAUUAGAGACAAAGGAAAUUGAGAAAGUGAAUGAAGAGAAGACUCCGGAAGUACGGAUACACCCUGCCACACCAGAAGUGCUUGCUGCUCAUCAGGCCCAUGCUCAAAUGCACCCUAAACGUAGUAGUGUUAUCACCUUGACCCUCCGCCCAAGAAAUCCUAGCGAGUCCUCAAGUUGUGGAACACCAGAUUCUCGUGUUAGAACUAUAUCCCGUACCCCCAGUAUGAUAAGCUCAUGUAGCACGUCUAGUGUAACUAGCAACCCUGUGACAAAUGGAAUUGAUCAGAUAUAUCAGAAUGGUAGUUUGGAUGACAGAGAAGAGUGCGAAAGCACACCCGAGAUCAGAAUCACUCCUCUGGCAAAAUCUUUCGACACCUCUAAUUGCCUUGGUCCCUCUAGGUUAUCUACUAGAAGCACAAACACCAAUAAAACGCCAAGUUUUGUGGUAAUUAAUACCCCUACAGCUAGCCCAAGGCCACCUAGAUUGAAAACUACAGUUACAAAUGGUUACAGCAGCUCUCCAAGGCCUUACACACAACGGCCAGCCGUCAAACCAAGGGACCCAUCUGCCGAGUCUUUCAGAAGUCAGCGAUCCGUUGUGUCAAGAAAGGAGAAUGGAGGAGGAGCUUCAGCAAAACCUGUUAUUACCAAUGGAAAAAAUUAUACCUCGCCAACUUACAGUUAUUGUGGCCCUGUAAAGAGUAGUCAGAAUGGCUAUGGAUCAAAACAUAAUGGGAGAUAUGAAAGAAGUGAAAUGAAGUACAAUAAGGACAUGAAAUGUGACAAGAGAGAUUCAAGAUAUGAAAGAGAGGACAAAUUUGAGAGGGAACAUAGAUAUGAGAGGGAGUCCAGGUAUGAGAGGGAGUCAAAGUACGAUCCCGAGCCGAGGUUUGAACGGGAACAAAGUUACGAGAAGGAAUAUAGGUAUGAAAGAAGUUCGAGGAGUGAACGGGAAUACAGUAAACAUGAAAGAGAAAAUGGAUUUGAUCCUGUUCCCAAAUAUGAGAGGGAUUCGUGGUGUAGCCGGGAUUUCAAGUACGAUCGCGGAGAAUCUAGCAGAUAUGAAAGAGACAUUGCCUAUGAAGAUGACUUGAAAUUUGAGACUGAAUUCAUGUACAACCGAGCCGAAUCAAGAUUUGACAUUCAGUAUAAGUAUGAGAAGGAUAGUGUGAAUGGGCGAUCGUGUGAGAUUGUGGACCAUUGCCCCCAAAAGGAAUAUCCUUCUGGCCUAAACAACACUGCCACCACCCCUCCAGUUAUAACCGAAUCGAGUGUAUGAUGGCGUCUUCAGUGCUGUAUGCACUUUUUAGCAGAGUCGGACAUUAAUUUUUGAAGACAUUUUUUUUUUAUGUUAAGAGAAUACUGAAGCGAGAUCAUGAAGUGUCUUGCAAAACUUGUGAUAUUUAUUUUUAGUUUUAAGGAGGUGAUAUAUAUAAAAAAUGAAUUCCCUUUUUUAUUAUGAUUUGUGAUGCAGCUUUAGUUAAUUUUGAAAAAUUCAAAAUAUUUGUAAAUUUUUAUAUAUAAAAAUAAUAUAUAUACAAGAUUUUAUGCAAUUCUUUAGUGUUUAAAUUAUUCGAAUUAAGAUGAGCACAUAAGCUUUUUCAGAUGCACUUGCAGUUUUUUACAUUCCAUGUACAUACUUUUUAAUAAGAUAUAUUUAUCAGAUUUUUUAAUUAUUAAAAGUGCCCCAACUUUUCUUGAUUUUCAGGUUACAUGAUAGCAUAUUGUAAUAUUGCUGGCAGCUCAAAUGACUUUCAAAUGUAGUUUUUGCCAGUAGCUUUGAAAUUGAACUUUACGCAGACGAAUUAGGAUUAUUGUCAAGCUUUACGAAUAUAACUGGCAUAAAUGGUGAAGAAGUUAGUGUAGCAAUAUUGAUGUGAAUGUUGUAAUUAUGCACAAACUGUACAUUAAAAUCCAGUGUGGUUUGAAUGAGAGUGCAAUAAGCAUGAGUGACUUGUUUCAUUGCUCUUAGUUUAUUAAUUUUCACAUCUUGAGUUUGGCUUAUAAAUAAAGCUUUCUUGUCUGCAAAGCUUAAUCAUUUUUAAUUUGUGGCUGCUAUGUUAAACAAGUUCAUAGGUAAUGUGUAUGAAAACAUAUCAUUUGUUAUUUUAUGAAGGCACAGAAUUUGUAUAUAAUGAAUAAUAAUAAUGCAGUUGCUAA